UGCAAAAGAUUUAAAUUUCAGGCGCAAGGCUCAUGGGCUAGCGAGUGUUCGCUAUACGCUGAGCAGAUGUCAUUCAGUCAUCCAGUAAACGGUGAAAGAACAGAAGACGAAGGACACAUAUCAGACGCCGUUGAACUUGACACUUUACUGGCCUCGCCUGCUCAAACUGACGAGCAAAUCGAUAACCAUAAUACGAAGGUCUUCGCUGGAAGCGCAGCUUCGAUCACCGAGAAUUUGGAGACAGCUGUUGUCGAGACUCACGACGAAACAAUGUACGACAGUACUGACCACAUGGAGAAGAGCCCUGUUUAUUCCGGUUUUGAGCUACGAAAUUGUGAUGGUCGGAGUCUAUCGAAAAUUAGCAUGAAAGAACUGCACGCCGAACUGUGCACACUACUGACAAAUAGAGCAGCUUUGCCGGUAUGGACGAGUUGGCUUGAUCGGACAGUGUCUCGAACUCUCGCGGAUCAGGUAACUGGCACAAAGCGAGCGAGUGCUGCCAGACAUCUAAUGCUCGUAUGGACCUAUUACAGCUCCCUGCUGAUGCGUGAAUUGACUCUCAGAUCGGCGGCCAGUUUCAGCAGUUGCCAUUUACUACGAAUGUGGUGUGAUGAAUACCUUUCUUACCGACUCGAGCAGGUAGCCUCCAGCCCGUCAGAAGUGCUACCAAAGUCAGGUAACCAGGGCAGUUUGGCCGAUCGGCCGGAGCCCAUGGAUGACACGACAUAUGCUUCGGGUUUCAUGGUCGAUGGACUCGUGGCGGAUGGAGCCAAUACACUUACCUCUCUCAAUGAUAGGGGCUUUGAAUGCAUCGACUGCCAUCUACUGUCUUCUGGUUACGAGGAGUGUGCUACACACCCGUGUUUCACCCCAUUACAAGCAAGCAAUCCAACUGACGGUGAAUUUCCUUCCAAAUCGCCGGAUAUUGGAGGAAUUCGGCUUUUUAAUCAAGAUAUUGUGGAUUAUGACAGGCCAUCAAACGAA